UCGUCCUCGCUCUCUGCCCAAAAGUUGCAGAGCCACACCACCACCACCAAGCAGCGCCUCGCCCCGGCGUUCGACACUCGCUGCGUCCUCAAUCGCUUUUGCCCGCCCGGCAAUGCCGUGUUAGCACUGCUCUGCCGUGCUCUGCUCGCGUCUCGCCGUCAGCACACCCAGCAGCUCGACGUCUCCCAGCACCCUCGCCCGCGCCCGCACCCGCACCUGCUCCUGCACCCGCACCUGCUCCUGCACCCGCUCCCCAUCACCAUGAUCUUGGGACCCGUCAGCCCAUAGCCCCAUCCUCUGCCGGCCUUUGGGACGGCCUCGCCCGCCGACCCGACCCCAUCCCAUAUCGAUACCGCCAUGAACGAGAUACGGCCCUUGACGCUGGCCCCGCCGGCAGUGCGCGCGCUGAGGGAGCAGGCUGCAGACGCGGCGCCCAACCGCGGGGGCAUGGAGCGCACCAUCAGCCAGGACAUGCGAGAAGAGCAGCAGGACCUCAAGCAGGCCGCCGAGCACAGCCUCAACAUCAUCCUCGACCUCGACCUGCACGGCAAGAUCCGCUACGUCAGCCCCUCGUGGAAGGACGUCGUCGGCUCGCUGCCCAGCCACGUCGUGGGCAAGCCCGUCGUGGACAUCCUCUACGCGGGCGCCGACGGGCUCGCCGAGACGAUCGAGUCGGUGCGCAAGUACGACUCGCGCAGCCACAUUGCCCGCUUCUCGGUGCGUCUGGGCCCGCACUCGCUGCUGCGCAAGAAGCGCUCCCGGGCCGCCGCCGACUACGGCCAGGACAUGCCCCUCUCGCCGACGGAGCCGGGGGACGACGACGAGCAGGUGCUCAGCCUGGAGGCCCAGGGCAUCAUGGUCUACGACCGCGCCACGGGCGCCGAGAGCCACACUAUGUGGAUGGUGCGGCCGUCGGUCCUCCGCGAAGUCACCAUCGACCUGCCCGAGGUGCUCGUCGAGUCGCUGGGCGUGGGCGCAGAAGUGCUGGCUCACUAUCUCACCGGCCUGGCCGAGCAGGGCGCCAACGACCCGGGCAUGCACCCGCCCCCGCUGCCCGUCCUCUGCCGCAUCUGCGAGCGGCAGAUCACCCCUUGGUGGUUCGAGAAGCACUCGGAGCUCUGUCUGCAGGAACACCGCGCCGAGAUGGACGUGCAGAUGGCCCAGGAGACGCUUGCCGAGCACCGCAACGCCAUCGUCAAGGUGCUCGAUACCCUCGAAGCGCAGAGCCAACGCUCGAGGGCCGUCUCGACGGACCUCGCCCAGUCUCUCCCCAUGAUUGAGUACAAAGGCAUGAUCAUCCACCCGUCAUCGACACCGUCGUCGGGAACCCCCUCCGGACGCAACUCGCCCGCUUCUCCGCCGGCGAGGUCCCGAGAACGCCCUGCCGGCUUUGGCCAUCACCGUGCGCGGUCCUUUGCCGUCCGUCGACCACUGGCUCGCAUCGUUGAGCUGGUCCUUGAUCUGUGCGACACGGCGCUCGAGGUCAACACGCCUGCCAUCAAGGAAAAUGCUCGCGCCCAGUCGGCUUCUGAAAUCCGCACGCAGUCUCCCCAGUCUGAGAACCGCAUCUCGCAGGUCUUGCAAUGGCAGUCUCCGACAUCGGGCUCGCAGGACCAUGGUGAGGGGCUGAGGGUGCUCUGCGAGGACACAAAUGCACUAGCCAAGGCCAAGAUAGAUGCUGUCUUCCGACACCGACAAAUUCUCGAGUACUCGGAACGUAUUCGCGUUGAGUUCGAUAUUCUUGUGCAAGAGUGUAUAGAAGCCGCUAUCGUCAAGGCGGCUCGGAUCGCUGCGGGCGAGGACAGCUCAUCUGAAGACGAACAGCACGAUGUGGAAACACCGUCAGACGUGAACAGUAUACCCACGGGCGAGGAAGGCAUCUUUCCGGGCUCUUUCGAUGCUCCAUCAGCCAUAGCCCAUGCCCUUCGUAAUGCGCCAGACGUGCCCUUGCCCCCUCGACUUGCUCGCAGAGGAUCAUCCGUCGCUACUUCGAAUCGGUCGAACAGCCCACAAGGAGGGUCUCAGACACCACGCUCAUAUGCAGGCGCCAUUAGCAUAGUCCAUCAAAACAAGCGACAUUCGAUGCAUUUCGAAAGCGAUGCUGGUGCAGAUAGCGAUACCAGUCUACGUUCUUCUGUGCUGUCUGGACCUAGGCGUGCCGACUCGCCAGCGUCUGAGAUGAGUCUGAGCAGGGUGGCGAGCUCACGAGAACGAAAGCGCAAGAGUCUUGUCCUACCAAGCGUCAUGUCCAGCCGACAACAGUCUCCCGCUCGUUCCAUGGUACCACCAUCUUCGCCCUUGAGGACGACUAAACCACGUCUUCCCAGUGGCAUAGAGGGUCUGCAAUCCCCCAUCACAUCACCCAUUCAUGCGGCGAGCGAAUUCUCCUCUCCCGCAAUGACACACAGCCUCAUCAAUCACCAUAGAAGGCAGUCAUCUGCCGCAGGUUCCGACGGUCCAAGACCCGUUUCACCUCGACUUAUGCCUACUACGCAGCCGCAACCGCGCGCAGUGCCACCAUCAAUCAAAGACUUCGAAAUCAUCAAGCCCAUUAGUAAAGGCGCCUUCGGUAGCGUUUAUCUCGUCAAAAAGAAAUCGACCGGCGAGUACUAUGCCAUCAAAGUCUUGAAGAAGGCGGACAUGGUAGCAAAGAAUCAGGUCACCAACGUCAAAGCCGAACGGGCUAUCAUGAUGUGGCAAGGUGAGAGUGACUUUGUGGCCAAGCUGUACUGGACUUUCUCGAGCAAGGAUUAUCUCUACUUGGUCAUGGAGUAUCUGAAUGGUGGCGAUUGUGCUUCUCUGAUCAAAGUGCUUGGUGCCCUCCCUGAGGAUUGGGCUAUGAAGUACUUGGCUGAAGUUGUUCUCGGUGUCGAGCAUUUGCACAGUCGUAGUAUCGUUCAUCGCGAUCUAAAACCGGACAACUUACUCAUCGAUCCUAAGGGUCACUUGAAACUCACCGAUUUUGGUCUUUCUCGAAUGGGUAUGAUCGGUCGUCAGAAGAAUGCUCUCAAGUCCGACGAACCCGCUCCAGAUCUGCUCAAGUCUGGUCCUUUCCAUCGCGCUACUUCAGUUGGCUCUUCUCGAUCUGCAUCGUUCGAUUUGAACCCGUCCCCUUCCAAUACACCUUCCAUGACCCCUGCCCUUGCCGGAGACCUUGGUCAACCGUCAUACUUCAGUCUGAACAAAGAGUCCUCUCAGGGUCGCGAUCCCUCUCGAAGAACGUCUGGCAAUCGCAGCGAUAGCACAGAUAGCGAAGCACUACAGGCCAUGUUCCGCCGUUUUUCCAUCGUGGACGAUCAGUUUGGUCAACCUCCUCGAACUCGCUCGCCCAUAGAAGAGGAGACGUACAGCGAGGAUGGCUCGCCAUAUCUCUUUCCUAUUGCGCCUUCAAUGAGCCAGUCCAGCCUGGCACAAAACAUGUCCUUGCCAUUCUCUUCCGCGAUGCCCCCACCGCCCAUGGCUCUGUUUGACCCAGAAGACAGCAACCGAAGAUUUGUGGGCACCCCUGACUAUCUAGCCCCAGAGACCAUUGCUGGCAGUGGUCAGGAUGAAGUGAGCGACUGGUGGUCACUUGGAUGCAUAUUGUUCGAAUGUUUGUACGGCUAUCCACCUUUCCAUGCCGACACACCAGACGAAGUGUUUGAAAACAUUCUCUCGCGAACGAUUGACUGGCCCGAAGAAGACGAAGAAACCUGUCAGAUCUCCGAUGAGGCCAAAGACCUCAUAAACCGGCUGUUGUGUUCGGAUCCCACCAAACGACUUGGGGCGAACGCCGGGCAUAAAUUUGCUAGUGGCGGCGAGGAGAUCAGGAAUCACCCAUGGUUUGAGGAUAUCAAUUGGGAUACCUUGCGCGACGACGAGGCCUCAUUCAUCCCCGCUCCCGAAAAUCCAGAGGACACGGAGUACUUCGAUACUAGAGGGGCGGCCAUGGCCAAUUUCACUCCCGAGUUUGAGGACCAGGGCACUUCAUCUGCAGGCACGCCUAGUGCUGACUAUCCUGAUCGACCACAUGAUGCUCUAUCUAGGGUACGCUCUCAGAUCAGCGUGACGACAAUGAAACGAGGCCUCAUCCCACUACACAUUCCCGCUCAUGUUCGUGAAGGAAGGACGCGAAGGCUCAGCGAGCCUGUAGCUGCAGACGAUUUUGGCAGCUUUAGCUACAAGAACCUACCAGUUCUCGAAAAAGCCAACAAAGACGUCAUCCAAAAGCUUCGCGCCGAAGCAAUGCUGCCACAGAAUAAGCCUGGAUCCGUGCUUCAUUCUCCCAGUAUCGCAUCAUCUUCGCCAUCCCUGGAGACAAGUCCAUUGAUUCACGGUCCACUGAAGCGCACGCUUUCGACGAACAAGGCUACUGGCAGACCGUCGUCUCCGUCGAUAAGUGGCAACAAUUCUUCGCCCAGUCGUGGAUCGCAGCCAUCAUCGCCUCUGCUUGUGCAGUUCAGCACAGGACAAAAUCACGAACGAAGGAAGACCUCAAGCACCUCGUCUUCUUUGUCCCAUUCGACAAGCAACCCGUCUUCUCUACAGCCAGGUAGCUUUUUCGAUGCUACACGCCUCUCAGGUCUGCGACCUUCGUCAGAGGCUAUAUCGCCGAGUAGACUGGGCAUCUCACCAUCUACAGUACCUACCCAUCCUGCCGAAAAGCUUGCCCCUCGUCAACGUCAAGCGUCCAUUUCGCAGAGUGGUGUUGGUUCGCCACGUGCUAGGUCUCAAACAGUAGGCUCCCAAGACGGCGAGGUAGUACGCGAUCUGUUACCCGGCCAUCAUAAACGACGGAGUCAAGUCCUCGAUAUCUCGCCGUCUUCAUCAGACACAGAAGACUCCAGGGCUAAAGCUUUACUACGUGUCCAACGUCGCAGGCAAAGCUCCCGUAGACUUUCGCAGAUAACUUUCGGCGAAGGGCCCUUCUUCCGCCCUCUUGACGUCCUGAUUUGUGAGGACCAUCCGGUAUCCCGGCUCGUGAUGGAAAAGUUGCUCGAAAAGCUACGAUGUCGUACCCUGUCAGUCACCAAUGGAUCUGAAGCAAUCCGUUAUGCUAUGGGUGAGGUCAAAUUCGAUGUCAUUAUGAUGGAGUUUAGGCUGCCUCAAGUCAACGGCGCAGAUGUCGCUCGUAUGAUUCGAGACACUAAAAAUGCCAACACAAACACCCCAAUCGUUGCUGUGACAGGGUAUCUCAAGGAACUCCAAGCACCACACUAUUUCGAUGCACUCAUCGAAAAACCUCCCACUGUUGCCAAGCUUUCAGAGACGCUGGGAAGAUUAUGUCAGUGGAAAGCGCCACCACCCAACUGGGUACCUAGUCAGAUACAUCCAUCAAUUCUACCGUCAGGGCUUCGUAAAGAAUCAACGCGCCAGGAAGACAGUCCAACUUCGAAUGCUUCCACGUUUCCUCUAGCUCCUUCUGGAAGUUACCGAGGAUCAAGUCGACAGGAUUCAAUCAGCUCAAGCUUCUUUGGUGACAGCGAAAGUCGGGCAGGUGAGGACGCCCAUGUUGCUCGUCACAGUACGGAGGAGUGGCGCGAGCGGGAUAUAUCUCGUGCCAUGGGCGGCCUGGGAAUAUCGGAUGAAGCAGAUGGUUUGGAUCUCAAAGACGAUGCGCACAAGCAUGUUAGUCCCCCGCCCCUUCAACACACGGACUCUGCGCCGGCCGCUCUGGAGUUUGCAACGAUUCGACGCCAGCGAUCGGCAGAACAAGUGGGUGCCAAACGACGUCUUUUGGAGACCCGCAAGCACGAAUCCGCUGAGUCUGGCGACGAUGAGGAUGACGAGCUGGGCCAUUUCAGUGUCCGUACCAACAAAAGCCCCAAAUCUCGGCCAAAGUCUUCUUCCAAACUUGGGAUCGAAAUGAUGCGCACCAAUAGCAGGGGUAGCGUCAUUUCAAUAGAGGAUAUUUGCGCCCAGGAUUCAAGCCUUGUAUCGUCCCCACCUCCAGCCAUCACCGAGGAUCGCAUGGCCGAAGAACGCGAAGGCGAUCUCUCAACCCACGACGUUCCACAUAUGUCUCUUAUUCCGCCGGAAAUUUUCCCUGCCAUUCCUGGAGACCAAGUCGCAGAGAUUGAAAUGGACACGCCGAAAGCAUCCCAUCAGAAGCAGGCCACAACGCCAGAUCCUGAUCCUACGCCGAGGGCCAAUAGCGUAAGGGACGCAUAACGACAGGUCCGCUCGCUUCCCCUACACUCGAUCAUCUGUGGGUCCGACUUUGUCUUGAAAUUUUGUUUGUCUUCGAGCAUGGUGUUCGCUGGCGUUUUCGAUGGUAGUGCACCGGGAAACAAGCCUUCGUUCUGAAACUGUACAGCGUUUUCUUUUUAUGUUUGACCAAGGCGCUCUAUCUUUCAGCAGGCUACGAUAGCUUUUGUCCGGUGCUAAGACUGCAUGUAGUAAUGAUCCAUUUACCCUUUCUAUAUGAUGAUAUAAAUAUACUUACAAUUUGUGUUUUCAUUCUCUUGCUUUGGCUUGAUAUCUUGUCGUAUCCUCAUCACCACGAUGAUACGUGCCAUUCGGUUUAUACAUUUUUUUUAGGUCAGAGAGCCAGGUGACUGUUCGUUAUGUUCGUACCUUGUGGCAGUGGACUGUUAAUCUUAAACCAAUGAUUGGGCUAGACUUUCGAAUUUCGAAUUAUAUUUCAUUGAAAAGUUU